AUCUCUCCACCCAGAGUCCCACUACCAAUUCCAGAUCUUGGGAUGCCCCGUACUCCCGGGGUGAAUGGGAUUGUGCUGGGCAGUGAAGAGUUUAGGUUGCUUCCUGUUGGGAAGGAUGAGCAAGGCCUGGUAUUGAACUAGCUGGAAAUCCUGGAAGUUUCUGGUAUGUCCUGUUUCAAUUCCAGGCCAUGCUCAUCCUUCCAAACAUUUCACCACUCCAGCACAAUCCCUGCCCAACAAAUCCUUGCAGGGAGUACGGGAUACAAAUCAUCCAUUAAAUAUCCUCUCCCCGUACCACGUUCUGAAUUGUGUAGAAGGUUGCCGUGGUUAUGAUGAUGGAGUUCAGUCGGGGAAAGUGUGAAGUGAUUCAUUUCAGAUUAAUCCGAAUCAGGUUUAUCAUUGAUGUAUGUUGUGAAGUUUAUUGCUUUGCAGCUGCAGUACUGGAAAAGACAGCAAGCUUGCUAUAAACUACUAUAAAUAGGUGGGUAGGCUGGAAGAGGCUAGUGUUGAUAGUUUCAUAGACUGAUCAGAAAUCCGAUGGUGGAAGGGAAGAAGCUGUUCCAAAAAUGUUUGUGUGUCUUCAGUCUCCUGUAGCUCCCCCUGAUGGAAACGGGCAGGUUCUGGGUGAUGGAAAUGGGCAGGUUCUGGGCGAUGGGAAAAGGCAGGUUCUGGGCGAUGGGAAAAGGGCAGGUUCUGGGCGAUGGGAAAAGGCAGGUUCUGGGCGAUGGGAAAAGGGCAGGUUCUGGGUGAUGGGAAAAGGCAGGUUCUGGGCGAUGGGAAAAGGCAGGUUCUGGGCGAUGGGAAAAGGGCAGGUUCUGGGCGAUGGGAAAAGGGCAGAUUCUGGGCGAUGGGAAAAGGCAGGUUCUGGGCGAUGGGAAAAGGCAGGUUCUGGGUGAUGGGAAAGGGCAGGUUCUGGGCGAUGGGAAAAGGCAGGUUCUGGGCGAUGGGAAAGGGCAGGUUCUGGGCGAUGGGAAAAGGCAGGUUCUGGGCGAUGGGAAAAGGCAGGUUCUGGGCGAUGGGAAAAGGCAGGUUCUGGGUGAUGGGAAAAGGGCAGGUUCUGGGCGAUGGGAAAAGGCAGGUUCUGGGCGAUGGGAAAAGGCAGGUUCUGGGCGAUGGGAAAGGGCUGGUUCUGGGCGAUGGGAAAGGGCAGGUUCUGGGCGAUGGGAUAAGGCAGGUUCUGGGCGAUGGGAAAGGGCUGGUUCUGGGCGAUGGGAAAAGGCAGGUUCUGGGCGAUGGGAAAAGGCAGGUUCUGGGCGAUGGGAAAAGGCAGGUUCCGGGCGAUGGGAAAAGGGCAGGUUCCGGGCGAUGGGAAAAGGCAGGUUCCGGGCGAUGGGAAAAGGCAGGUUCUGGGCGAUGGGAAAGGGCUGGUUCUGGGCGAUGGGAAAGGGAAGGUUCUGGGCGAUGGGAAAAGGCUGGUUCUGAGCGAUGGGAAAAGGGAAGGUUCUGGGCGAUGGGAAAGGGAAGGUUCUGGGCGAUGGGAAAAGGGCAGAUUCUGGGCGAUGGGAAAAGGCAGGUUCUGGGCGAUGGGAAAAGGCAGGUUCUGGGCGAUGGGAAAAGGGCAGAUUCUGGGUGAUGGGAAAAGGGCAGAUUCUGG